AUGAGAGGGGGAAGCCAGAAGCCAGAAUCCAGAAGCCAGAAGCCAGAAUCCAGAAUCCAGAAGCCAGAAGCCAGAAGCCAGAAGCCAGAAGCCAGAAGCCAGAAGCCAGAAGCCAGAAGCCAGAAGCCAGAAGCCAGAAGCCAGAAGCCAGAAGCCAGAAGCCAGAAGCCAGAAGCCAGAAGCCAGAAGCCAGAAGCCAGAAGCCAGAAGCCAGAAGCCAGAAGCCAGAAGCCAGAAGCCAGAAGCCAGAAGCCAGAAGCCAGAAGCCAGAAGCCAGAAGCCAGAAGCCAGAAGCCAGAAGCCAGAAGCCAGAAGCCAGAAGCCAGAAAGGGGGAAGCAAACCCAUAG